AUCACGGAAUGCGAUAUAUUUGAACUAACCAUUGUCUCGUUGCACAGAAAGUGAUGGCGGGACACUCGACGUUGUGGAUAGAUGAUCCUCACCUGUCCUAUCUAAUUGCGGACAGUUUAGUAAAUGCAGUAGGGGAUCCAGAUUUGCAAAGAAUAAGACGACACAUUAUGGACAUUUUGGAUCAAUUGGAUUGCCAUAAUGACCAGAUGGAAAUAAUUAGAGCUGGUGGAUGUGCUGAGGGAUUCCGCAUGAGGGGAACAGAUGUAGAUCAAAUGCAUGUUGAUAAACGGACCAAAGUAGUUGCAGAAGUUCCCAGAAACCUUGGAACUGACAUGGCCGUCGUCAGAUUGUUGAAGACUGCUGAUGUACCACCUGGGUAUGUAAAACUUGCUGUACAAACCCCUCAUACGCCAGUUGCGCACAUAAAAGAAUCAACACAUCGAGUGAAAGGAGAUUACUAUUUGUCGAGCGAAGAGUUUGUAAGAUGGUUCCAUAAAUUAAACCCCAAUGGGGUUCUUCAUGGACCGUGUGUGAUGGAAAGACAUGAACAAGGACCAGAUCAUGAUAGGGCAUUUUGUCUGGAAUUCAAAGAAUGGCCUGUGUAUGCAAACGAAUGGGUUGAACGAAGAAGGUCAUACGGAUGGCCAUCACGGGGACUCAUUGAAAAAAUCAAAUCACAAGGAUGUCAUUUAAUGGCCAUUGGAUCCAAGAAGCUAACAGGAAAUUUAAUUUCAAACAAUUUAGAAAAUAAUAAAUGGAUUCAGGAUCCUUUUCAGUGGAGACUGUCUUUUUCUCUUGCAGAGAAACAAUUGAUUUACUCUUUCAAUAACACACAGUUUUUGACAUAUGGAAUUUUCAAGCUUUUAAAUCAAGAAGUAUUUUCACAAGAUUCAAUUGUCUCAGACUGUAUCUGUUCUUACUUUCUAAAAUCAGCUUUGUUUUGGACAAUUGAAGAAACUCCUUCCGAUUACUGGAAGCCAGAGCGUUUGGUUUUUUGUGUCGACAUUUGCUUUCAAAGGCUACUUGAAUGGACAAGAAACGGGAUUUGCCCGAAUUUUUUUAUUAGAGAAAACAACAUGUUCAUGGGUAAAGUAGAAGAAUGGCAAUUGGAGUACACAUCCUGGAAACUUUUUGAAUUAUACAGUGAAGGAUGGAGAUGCUUAUUGCGUUGUCAUUCCUUAAUUCAUUUAAAAAAAGCCUUAGAAGAUGCCAGAAAUAAGAUAAGACCUAAUUCAUUUCCUACCUCAAACCCAGAGGAGGACUUCAAAUGUUUGCGUUUCUCUGUAAGGGACAGAACACAAGUAGAAGGAAAUGUGGACGCAGUGCUAUUUAGCGAAAUACUUUCAAGACGACCAAAAAGUCCAUCAUUAGACCUUCUGGAGUUAGAACUGAGGAAUUCACUGAAACUGGAGGUUCAAAGAAGAGUUGAUACGUUUGAUCUUGAAAUACUUAAAUUACGUCGGUUUCAAACUCUUCGUCAACUGGCUCUUAUAUAUCUUAACAUGUCUCUGACAAAACAUACUACUCGAAAAAAGUAUACAUACAUUCGAAAGGCUUUUUGUUAUCUACAUCUUUCUCGAUUUUCGGAUAUAUGCAAAGGUAAUCUCACGCUUGCAACUGCCUAUUACUGUUUAGGAAGGUUCGACUCAGCUCUUAAAUACAUCAAAAAAUACGAUGAUAUACUAAAGGAAGACCUUGGUUAUAUACAUACACAUUUACGACACGGUGUAGUUUACCAAACUCCGAUGUAUUGUUCAACCUUCUGCGGACGGGGAUUAAGCAGCCUGGAUAAAAUGUCGUUGGCGGUAUCAUACGAUUUUGAAGUCCAUCGACCAUUGCCUCUAAUUCCAAAUGAGAUAGCGCUCGAAAUAGUAAUGAUGAGAAAAACAGAAUCCAGUCUUUUUAUUCUACCCGGUCUAUACUCAGUGUUUCUGAAAAUUCUUUGUUACGCUAACAAAAGCAAUUUAAAAAUGGUGGAGGAAUUGUCAAUGAAACUCAAAGAGUUCUUGCAUUGCUCAAAAAAAGAGGACAUAUAUAUGAACUACAUCAUGCUUGCAGUAGCUUUUGUAAAAUUAGGAAAUUACGAUAAAGCUUUGCAAUAUUAUUGCUUGGCCCAUGUCCACAAAAGAAGGUUGGUCAUGUGUAACCGGGGUUGUCCAGAAUGGCAGACUAGAACAUCAGUUUUAUUUUACAUUGCUCAGAUGCUGCACAGUUUGAUAUGAAGCACUAUAUAUACAAAACAUAUUCUACAUUUAGUAAAAGGGCAAAAUAAAAGUUGCAGAUUUGCCAAUGGUUAAUUGUAAUUUUUUCAGACCGAUUAAAUGUUUAGUCGUAAUAAAUUAAGUUGUGAUAAGUCAUUCUUCUUUUUAGAACUGAACGAUAUGAAUAUUUAUGCAAGAUUUGUUCCAUUUCCAUAUAAAGUCGUAUUUUUUUAUACAACCUAAACAGUUUUAAUAAAUUUAAAUACAAUUCAUAACAUUGCGAACAUUUAAAAAAAAUGAUGACUGUACGCUUCCAGUAAACGUUUGUUGGUUAAAAAAUAUUAAAUUUUAUUUCUCAGAAGGUUGUUUGAUUAUUAUUUCAAAAUGUAGUCUAACUCCAAAAAAGGAAUAAAAUCAAUUCAUGAAAAUAUAUAUGCCAUUUUUUAAAAAUAAAAUUAUAAAUGCGUCAAAACACUGAUAGAUGAGUCUUAAUGACCUAAACUUUAUAGGUCCACUAAACUAGCGCGUUCUGUUGGGGUUAUUGCGAGGAUAUUUCGAUGGCAAUAAACAAAAGAUAUGAAUUCUUGUUUAUCCUAUACUUAUUUUAUAUUUUAUCAUUUAAGGAACGAAAUAAGUCGCAACUAAUUUCUUUCUUCAUCUUUCCGUUGACGAUAAAGUCAGAUAAACAUGAAAUGAUGCUUACUUUCUGAGGCACAUCAUUCCAUACCAAUAUACCAGGCUUGGGGUAAUGCUAAAUGUAAUGGUAAUGCAUUGCAAUGCAUUACAUGUUUUCAAAGUAAUGCUAGUAAUGUGUAAUGCCUCAAAAUUAGCAUUACAAGUAAUGCUAAUGUAAUGCAUUACUUUCCAAAAUCUAGUGUAAUGCUGGCAUUACAUGGCAUUACUUUGCAUUACUAUGCAUAUUUAUGCAUGUUUACUUUAAAAAAUGUGAUGAAUAAAUGAAUAGUUGAAAUUGAAUUUGAUUAAAUUUAUUUUUAAAGAAGAAAGAAAUAAUUCUAAUUGGGAAAAAAAUGUUUUGAUUUUACAUGUUUUAUUAAAAAAGGUUUUUUAAAACUCAUUUUUGAAUUGUUUAUAUUACUAGAUAACAGCACAAUUUCAUAACAUUUUUAAGAGUGUUGUUAUUAAGAGUUUUUAGACAAUUUACUCCAAUUAGUUUGCACUUCAAUAAGAAAUGUGUCAACAACACACUAUGCCCCCAGGAUAAUCUAAGAAUCAAAACAAUCUAUUGU